UCUUUUUCUUCUUCUUGUUAUACAUAAAUAAAAUAAUAAAAUAUAAAUACUUGUAUAUAUCUAUAUCUUUGUCACUUGGAAUUUUUCAAGCUGGCUGCUGAGGCUACAUUUCUGUUGUUUACCCAUCUGUGUGCUCUAAAGUUGGUUGCCAAUGGAGUUGGUUGUAGAUUCUGGAGUGAAGAAGAUGGAGGGUGAAGCAAUGAGGAAGAAUCAAACUCUAAUUUGUGCACCAAUUAUGGCUGAUUCAGUGGAUCGAAUGUUGAUUCUUAUGCAAAAGGCUAAAAUUAGUGGGGCUGAUCUUGUGGAGGUUCGAGUGGAUAGCUUGAAAAGCUUUAAUCCUCGCUCAGAUAUUGAUACCCUGAUCAAACAAUGCCCUUUGCCUACUCUCUUCACUUACAGGCCCACUUGGGAAGGUGGUCAGUAUGCUGGUGAUGAAAAGAGUCGAUUGGAUGCACUUCGAUUAGCGAUGGAGUUGGGAGCUGAUUACGUUGAUGUUGAGCUAAAGGCUAUUGGCGAGUUUAACAAUGCCCUACAUGGAAAUAAAUCUGCAAAAUGCAAACUUAUUGUUUCUUCUCACAACUAUGAAAGCACACCGUCAGCUGAGGAUCUUGGCAAUCUAGUAGCAAGAAUACAGGCAUCUGGAGCUGACAUUGUGAAAUUUGCUACAACUGCACAGGAUAUCACUGAUGUUGCACGUGUUUUCCAAAUUACUGUACAUUCUCAAGUAAGAGGCGUUCCAAUAAUAGCCAUGGUCAUGGGAGAGAAGGGUUUGAUGUCUCGGAUACUUUGUCCAAAAUUUGGUGGAUACCUCACGUUUGGUACUCUUGAAGUGGGAAAAGUUUCAGCUCCUGGGCAACCAACAGUCGAAGAUCUUCUGAAUUUAUACAAUUUCAGACAGUUGGGACCAGAUACCAAAAUAUUUGGCAUUAUUGGGAAGCCAGUUAGCCAUAGCAAAUCACCAUUAUUAUAUAAUGAAUCUUUCAGAUCAGUUGGGUUUAAUGGUGUUUUCAUGCAUUUGCUGGUAGAUGAUAUUGCAAAUUUUUUCCGGACUUAUUCAUCAUUAGAUUUUGCUGGAUUCAGCUGUACAAUUCCUCACAAAGAAGCCGCUCUUGACUGCUGUGCUGAAAUUGAUCCUACUGCUAAGGCAAUAGGGGCUGUCAAUUGUAUUAUAAGGCGACCUGAUGGGAAGUUAUUUGGUUGUAAUACAGACUAUAUCGGUGCUAUUUCCGCCAUUGAAGAAGGAUUGCAAGGUUCACAACCUAGUAUAUCUGGGUCACCUUUGGCUGGUAAAUUGUUUGUGGUCAUUGGUGCUGGUGGCGCUGGAAAGGCGAUUGCUUAUGGCGCAAAGGAAAAGGGGGCUAGGGUGGUGAUUGCUAAUCGUACCUAUGAACGAGCGCGAGAACUUGCUAUUGUAGUUGGAGCUGAGGCCUUAUCUCUUGACGAGCUUAGCAAUUUCCAUCCAGAAAAUGAUAUGAUUCUUGCAAAUACCACCUCCAUAGGCAUGCAACCAAAGGUUGAUGAUACACCAAUCUCUAAGGAAGCUUUGAAGCACUACUCACUUGUUUUCGAUGCUGUUUAUACACCCAAAAUCACUAGACUCCUGCGAGAAGCUCAGGAGAGUGGAGCAAAAAUUGUGACAGGAGUUGAAAUGUUUAUCGGGCAGGCAUAUGAACAAUAUGAAAGAUUUACAGGAUUGCCAGCUCCUAAGGAACUUUUCAAGAAUAUAAUGUCUACAUACUGAGAGGAUCCCUUUCACUUUUCAAUCCGGGCUGCUAAUUAUUAUUACUCCUAAAUCUGACAUGAUUGUGUUAGAGUUUGCUCUAUCUACCACUGUUUGUGCUUCAGAGGAAGUAAUUUUGUCCACGUAAAUCGUACUUUUUGCGGAAACAGAGGAUGUUCAGACAUACCAGUUAAUCUAUGGCAGGAAAAUCCACCAUCUUUCUGGCUAUGUUAGAACUCUUGAUUCUUUGACAAGUAUUGUAUUUUGGGAGGAAAUUCAUUAAACAGAGAUGUAUACAUUGCUUCAUCAUUGUAAAAUCAUACUUAGAAAUUCCUCUUGAUUAUCAUCAUUAUUAUUAAAUGUUGUCACAUUAUUGUAUCAUACUAAGACAAAUUUUGAAUUGAGUUCAAUGACUUUUGAGUUGUAAGCAUGAUGCACUGCCAGUUUGUGUUUUAAUAAAUCCAGGUUCCACUUUACUAGUC